GCAGCCGGCCAAGGUCCCUCGCCAGGUCCUCCCCGUCCAUGCCGACCCGCGGCCGGGUGUACGCGUCCCCCGGGCGGACGAGCCUCACGCGGGAGCGCGGGGGCUCGCGAGGGACAGCAGCCGUGUGCGCAUACGUGUGCGCGGGCGCGGGCAUGCGCGUGGUGGUGGUGGUGGUGGUAGUAGUAGGAGGAGGAGGAGGCGCGUGACGGUAUGUGCUGCGCGCCCCCCGUACGGGUACCCGACCGGCG